AUCACCGUCCUCAGAUGGAUCUUCGCAUGGAUCUUACGCUACCGUUCCAGAUCUAGAUCCACCAUUGCUUCUUCUUCUUCUCCCUCUUGUCCUACGAUUUCGUCACAGGCGAUCAAAGAAAGCCUCUCCGUGACGACGUUCCGUGACGCGGCGGAGAGAUCUCCGGCGAUGAUCAACGAUACCUGCGCGGUGUGUCUCGGAGAUCUGGAAGACGGAGACGAGGUUAGAGAGCUGAGGAACUGUAGCCAUAUGUUUCACCGCGAGUGUAUCGACCGGUGGUUGGAUUACGAGUGUUGCGGAGGAGGAGAUGAGAAUAACGAAGGUGAGGAAGAUAACCACCGGACGUGUCCUCUUUGUAGAACUCCGCUUCUUGCUGCUAAUACGACGUCGUGUGGUGAUUGGCCUGCUAAGAACGAACCUAGCUGGGCUGUUGAA